AGUUGAGCAACCGGACAACAUUGAAAUAAACUGGUUCCAGAGGAUACUGAACACACAUGUUAUUAUUAAUCAGCUUUGAUCACAAAUAUACACAGAGCCAGUAACCGUGGAUUUUGACUCGUCAGAAGUACUGAAAGUAUUCCUGAAAAGAAAGUAUCAACGAUGAGCAAACCCGCUGGUUCAACAAGUGGCUGUUUAGAUAUUCUCAAUGUUAAAUCAAGUCGGAUAUUGGAUAUCCCGUGUAAAGUGUGCGGCGACCGCAGCUCGGGUAAGCACUACGGCGUGUACGCCUGUGACGGCUGCUCAGGGUUCUUCAAGAGGAGCAUUCGCAGAAACAGAACCUACGUCUGUAAAUCCGGCUCACAGGGGGGAUGCCCCGUGGACAAAACGCACAGAAACCAAUGCCGAGCGUGCCGCUUGAAAAAGUGUCUGGAAGUGAACAUGAAUAAAGACGCCGUGCAGCACGAGAGGGGUCCAAGGACAUCCACCAUACGCAAGCAGGUCGCCCUAUAUUUCCGGGGGCACAAAGAGGUGAAUGGUUCAUCGACCCAUUUUCCGGGUUCGUCUCUACCGGGGCCACCGUUCUUCACCACGGUCACGCAACUGGAGCCACACAAUUUGGAGAUGAGCACGGUAGCCAGCACCCCGGAGAGACAGACCAUCGUGGGCCUUGCACAACCCACGCCCAAGGUCCCUCAUGAGGUCAGCGGCACGCCAAUGUACUUGUACGAGGUCGCCACCGAGUCCGUGUGCGAGUCUGCCGCGCGCCUGCUGUUCAUGAGCAUCAAGUGGGCAAAAAGUGUUCCCGCCUUCUCCACUCUUCCGCUACCCGACCAGCUGAUCCUCCUUGAGGACGCCUGGAGAGAGUUGUUUGUUCUGGGCAUCGCGCAAUGGGCCAUCCCCGUAGACUCCAACACUCUUCUUGCUGUUUCCGGCAUGAACACAGACAAUACAGAAUCCCAACGAUUGAAUAAGAUCGUCUCAGAAAUACAGGCACUGCAAGAGGUCGUUACCCGUUUCAGGCAGAUGCGUCUAGACGCCACCGAAUUCGCCUGUCCUGAAGUGAUCGUGACAUUCAAAGCCGUACCAACCCACAGUGGGGCUGAGUUGAGAAGUUUCCGCAAUGCCAGCGCCAUCGUCGCUUUACAAGAUGAGGCCCAGCUCACUCUCAACAGUUACAUACACACUAGAUAUCCAACUCAGCCCUGUCGCUUUGGGAAGCUGUUACUGCUGCUGCCCGCCCUCAGGUCUGUCAGCCCGUCCACCAUCGAGGAGGUCUUCUUCAAGAAGACCAUCGGAAACGUCCCCAUAACAAGGCUGCUCUCCGACAUGUACAAAUCAAGUGACAUAUGAAUUUUGGAAGAAUCAGAGUCACACAUUUGGAGAGGAGUCCACGACUGGGCACACAGACAGAGACAUAGAAAGGAGCACUGAGGUUGUAGCAUUCGAUUUCUGAAGGACGCGAAAUGUCACGUUAUCUUUGUUUAUUUUGAUACAGUUCAGCAUUAUUACAGCAUGUUGAUACGAUUGUAAAACAGCUUGAUUUCACCAAGUAGGCUAGAGAAUAACCGUUACCUUAAAGCCAAGGUUGCAAAUUCUCUUAUAGAAUUGGAUGUAGCAUAUUGAAAAUAUUCAGAAUGCACUGCCAGCUUUGGUUUACAUACAUAGGCCUACUAAAUCUAUAUAGUUGUAAAGAAUCACUCGGGGAUGAAAACCUGCUUAUAACAAAAGGACUUUGAAUCUUUCCUGAUGUUUUUGAGUGUGUGCAAGACCAAUGAGCUUCACAACCAAUGCAUUUUCAAUCCUUUAUUGCAAUGUUCAAUCCGAGCGACUGGAAGAAACCAAAAAGACGACGCCGGGUCUACGACAACGGGAUUUGUCCACACUGUCUGUCCCUUGACCCAGGGCUGAAACCAAACACGGUGGCGCGUCAGAACUGCGCGACAAGGCGCACGCAAUGGAUAGGGGGAGAAUUUAGCUCAGGUUGGGAGCUCUUAACUAUUCCCCAUGAGCCCCGCUGACCUGACCUGCAACAGCUCACUCAUGGACUUAAAUAAAGCCGCCUCAAAUUGUCUGUUGGACUCUUGAUACAAGUUUAAUUUGAGCGUUCAGGUUUCUGUGGUCAUCGUGUGUGUGUUGUUGUGUUGGUGUGAGGCGCAGCAUUAAAAACUUUAGCCUUUGUGAUUUUUCACACUAACACUGGAAAACAAAUGUUCAGCACUUGGAUUUUUUGCUUGCUGUAAAUAUUUUUUUCUGUUGUACAAAGUGGGAGUUUUAACUUGUGAGAGUCGUACUGAAAUAUAAUAGAAUAAAACAAAAAUUAAUAUUUGCGCAUUCUGUCUUCUGUCUUUCACAAGCAAAACAUCACUUGUUUUUCAUUGCUAGUGUUCAGUUAAUGUAAAAGUCAAUAUGCCUACAUGUUUGAAAGUAUAAAUGAGUAAAAUGUGCUCUUCAUAGUGCUCACUGAGGAGGUCCAAUUGGUUGGACCUUGACGGUAACAUUUUCUAGAACACUCCUUGGUAGAAGUUUGCAAUAACAGAAUGCCAAGUAGUCUCUUCAUGGCUAAAGAACAUUUACAAAUCAAGGGUGCUACUCUAAUUCCUGAUCAGAUUUCUAUGAGAAUUUCCCUGCGUGAAAAAGUAACAGCCCAAGGGACAGUGCCACACAAAUGAAAGACCAUCAUUGUUUUGAUGAAUUCAGUUGCCCACAGUACAACACUAUAAACCUUUCCCAGAGACUGUAGCAACAAAACCACCUGUAAUGAAACCCCUAACCCAGACCCUGGUCUGUAAACAUUGCCCUUAUACAGCCUCUGUAGCCUGUUUUAAACUUGGACCCAUAGUCUAUAACCAUUGCCCCUAACCAGCCUGUGCCGCUCUGGAUAAGAGCGUCUGCUAAAUGACUAAAUGUGCCCCUAACCCUGUGCCCAGAGACUGCUGCCCUAAGUAUGAACCGAGCAUGUAAACUGAACCUCAAGCCUACACCCAGAGGAUGGGGUCAAGUCCCAACUGGUGUUAAUUCGACUUCACAUGCCUUCCAGCUCCAGGACUGCGGGUGAAAUACUUAUAUAGAAUACUUACAAUAUUGAAACAAGAAUCACCACCCAACACAAUCACCUCGUGCAUAUGAGUGCGUUUGACCUGUUUUAUUGGAAAAUUUUCAAAAUAAACAAAAUGGCACAGCAGUAUACAAAUCUCGAAACGCACAUGGCCAGUAGAAAUGCUUCAGGUUCCCUCUGUGCAUCUGUUUUUGCUCAUUAGAAAAUCAUUUACAGAAGAACUGUUGGCUGGUGUACACACACAUGCUUCUGUUCACUGUGGAAGGGACCAUCUACAAGUGUGAUUUUCAGAGGCAGGGACCGUCUAAAAAGUCACAGUUAUGGUGCGGACAUUCCAAUUGUACAACGGUGAGGAGACAACUAUCAAGCAUGAGGCUUGUGCACACGGAAUAGUGGACAUUCUGUUUCUUUUUAAAAAUGAUUAUAUAUCCAGGACAUACCAUACUGAUAAAUACAGGUAACAUAAAAUACCCAAGUUAGUGGCAUCUCCAGACAAAUAAAAUAAGAAAGACGAUUAUACAAAUUAUAUUCAACCACAGUUAUAAAGAGUAGACCAUUCUUAGUAGGAUCUCCAAUAGAGAGUUGAAAACAAGCCAAAGACAAGAUAACAAAUCAAACAAGACUAAAAGACAGCGUGUGACUGCAAAACAAAGAGUGAAGAUCAUACAAGUGUUUGUGGACUAAGCAGGACCCCUUUAGAGAUUGAGAGGGCUUUG